AUGUCAGGUAAUGUCACCCUGUUCGAGGACCAUCCUUUGGCCUUGGAACUUGCUAGCCUUCGCGAGGCGGUAGCUCACUACCAGCUACAUGCCUUGGAAACCGAGAACUCUCACCUGAAGGCUGAACUUCAAGUACAUAGGACGACUGCUCCCGAUACAGCUUCUCAUCGUGAUGCGCUUCAAAUUCAAGAGCUGACUCUCGCCCUCAGGCGGCUUUCGGAUAAACUCGACUUGACCGAAAAGGCCCUGUUCGAACGGAACGAAGAGCUCAUAUCUACUCAAAGCAGUCUAGAUGCAGCAAAAGGAUCAGAGGGAAACAUGGUUGAAGCAGCUAAUCGUUUGAGGGCCGAACUUGAAGCAAGUCACACUCGAGAAAGGGAUCUAUUGAACCGUGUCAGAGCAUCGGAGGAACAAAGGAAGCUAUCGGAUCUCGUGGUCGAGGAGUACGCAAACCUCGUGCGUUCUCUUGAAGGAAGGCCCUCUCUUGCGGCCCAGUCGGACGCGAAGGACAGCGGAUCUUCACCAAGAGGCUCUUUAGAUGGACUCAUGCACGCUCGACAGGGCCUACAUAAACUUCUUCAAGACUCUAAUGCCGACACUGAAAAGAUGCAUGCCGAGAUUGGACGCUUGAAUGAUGCACUUGAAAUGGCUCGAUCAGAACUUGAAUUGGAGAGGGCGACUACCAUUGAAGGCAGGCGUCAAUUAGCGCAGGCACAACUCGAAAUUCACCAGUUGAGACGUGACGACAACGCAGCAGCAAAGAUGGUAUCUCGCUAUAUGAAGUUUUCUCAAUCCUCAACGGACAUGCUUCAUGCGACAAUUGAGAAGCUGAAAGCUCGACAAGAAGCUAUUACUGCAUCAUAUGAGUCUCGCCUUCGACAGUAUAAUGAUAGAACGGCGUUUGAAGUUCGGCAAUCCGACAUUCUUCGAAGAGCACUUGACGAACUAACGGAAGACAUAUCGCGGGAGUCUUACGGAAGAAGACGAGAAGUCGCAUUGCGACUCGCGUUGCUAGAGAAGGAAGAAAUUCUAUCCGAGGGGCUACGAAGGUGGCUGUUGAGGUCGCAUGAGGUCCUUCGAAAGGCGAGAUCGGCGCAAGGCGAUUCUGUGGCAGAAACUUGUGAGAGAAUCCUUAAUGAAGCAAAGGAUAUCUUGUACAGCAUCAAUAACCCUGCCGAGGGGGAAAACGAACCUUCCAGUUCUGUAGCUCGUGUCGUCGCCGCUCGGGCAGCGGUAAAAAUGCUUCAAGAAGAGCUGCAACGCGAAACAGAUAUGAGGUUAUAUUUCGAAUACCAGUUGGCAACUUCCCAAGGUAACAAGCCAGAGUCUAGCGUCGUUACUCAGAAGUCGCAUGGCGCUCAGCUAUUCCGACACUCCAACUCAAUCACCUCUGUUGCUCCGGUUUCUGUCCCAGACGCCGCAGAAUCGGGUGAAAACACAGGUGUUUCCCAACGAAGCUCGCUAACUUCGCGUAAUCCCGGACAAGUUACAACUGCCGCUUUUCCUUCUCCCGGCUCCGAGACGGACAUCUUGGAUCCGUCGGGUUCACCUCUAGUCUCUGACGGGCCCAGCAUGGAACCCUCCAUAACUGUCACAUUAGCAGAAAAUAGCACCGAACAGGGGGACGAAGAUUAUGUUGAUACAGGCCUCCCGAAAAUUGUUAAUGGAAGCGACACUGUACUGGAUAAUACGCCCUCAAUGGUACCAGUGAUCGAACAGCAGCGGACAGGUGAUAAGCUUCAAGAAACCUUGAUAGACGAACGCGACGUCUUGACCGGGACGACUGCGGAGGAUACGUUCGUAUCAACACAAAAUGAGACAGAUGGUCGAUCCUCGCCCAAGUCUCCAAUACGUUUUCAUGUGGAACAGGAAAACAUACCGGAUCCUAUCAACGUGCCCAGUUCAGGAGAGAGCGACAUAGAACAUGAGUUACCAACGUCUGUUUCGGAACCGGUUCCGAACGGCGCCGCGAAACCAAGUACGGUAUUGCUCGACCAGAGUCACUUGUCAAUGGAACAAGAUUCACGCUACAAGGCUCCGUACGAUCCGCCAGUACAUCAAAUAGAGAAGUUGACCGAACUGGAUCCUGCUCCGCUUAAUGAACCGCAGGACGGUAGAGUCGUGUUGCUCCUAUCGAAGCUGGCCGAGGUGGCCGAACGAUAUGCUGAUGCCCAGCGAUCAUUGCGCGAUUGCCAUCUUUCGUUACAGGGGCUCAAGCAGAGCUCCAGUCUUGCGUCUGCUUCAUCAAAUAUACUAGACAGUGUCAUUGAGAGACUGAGUGACUAUUGUGAAGACGCCCGUGUAGAGCUAGAGAUACGAAUUGCAGAUGAGGAGCGCAUCGCUAAAGGUUACCAAGCACUGCUUUCAAUUCCAGGUGCACUUUCCGGCGAAGUCAACGAGGAGGGAAUGGUUCGGCAGAUUGAAGGCUUCCUUGAUGGAUCCGACCCUGCAGUUCACCGAGCACAGGAUGUGUUAAGACGCAAGCUAGACGAUCUGCAGCAUGAUAUAGCAUCUGUUAAACAGGUUGUACACUGUACCUCUUCUCCGAUACUCAUUCCAGACGAUAUUCCACCAAAACAUGAAGAACAGCCGAGACCUACUGCAUCUAGCUGGGCAUCCUGGACAGGUUCUAUUUUGACUCCUUCCCGAUCUUCGAGCCCAGCUCCAACUUUUGGUACGGUCGUGACAUCUCCGCGCCUUCGACAUUCUUCGUCCUCUCGUAGCCUGCGGGGCGAUUCAAACAAUCCACAAAGUUCCCUCGCAAAAUUAGGUCUCCGUAUACCCAUGCCUAACCUUGUCAAUAUCCAAAGCGAGCAUGUAACUUCGCAGUUGCCUAUGAUUCGCAGAGGAUCACGUCCGCGUGUAACAUCUAAUAUGCUUGGCUUGGGCCUUCGCAGUGCCAUGCAAGGAAUGCACAUGCCCCCACACCGUAUUGAGCAUAACAGAGGCCCAACGGCUGGGAAAGAUGAGGGAAAACUAGAUAAUGACAUUGAAUAGAUCUCAGCUAAUCGCAUUAGACUUUGCUAUCCUAUUUCGUUCUCUUUGGACAAUGUUUUUAGUAUAGGAUAAUAAUACCCUGCCGUAGCGCAAUUCUGUAUGCUGCCG